AUGAGCCUGGGAUUUCUGUGUCUCUUCCUGGUUUUCAGCACAGCUUCAUGCCUAAGAAAAGAAAAUAAGAAAGAGAAGCAAUUGGCAGUGCUGGCUACUGCAGAGCUGCCUGCAAAGUCCCUGGACCUGGCUGCUAUUAACCUGACAGAGCUGGUGAAUGGGAUGCUGGGCACUGCACUCAGAGGUACCAAGAAACACUUCUCUUUGCUGAGCAUCACCUCUUACAGCUCGUUUGCCUUCCACAAAGUGUCAGUCACCAUUUACAACAUCUCUAAUGCAAAAAAUAUUGACCCUGGCAAGUUCCCUAUGCACUACUGCUACUGUUUGAAUAAUGUGACAAAUGACUUGACAGAUUUUACAGCUCUACUUGUUGAUAUCAUUGGAAACUCCACCAGUUAUCUCACAGAAAUUUUCAAAUCCACUUCUAUUCUAUCAGUGCAUCAGAGCAAUGACUCUGAUUGUAUCUAUAUCUGUGUGAUGGCAGGGCAGACAGGGAAAAAUCUGUCUGAUUUUUUGGCAUUACUAGAUAAGACUCCUGUUAUUAAUUACACAUUUUCCAGUAACACAUCAUCUGACCUGGGGUGCCCACAGGCGAUGCUCAGAGAGCCCCGUGUGACCUCACCUCCUGUCACCCUCAUGGUGCAGAAGAUCAGCCCCUGUGUGAUGGAGCUCUGUAGGUUCUUUCAGCUGUGCCUCUGUGUUGGUCAGAGAAGAUAUUCCAGAAAGGAAGCCAUGAGAUACUGUGUUGAAUACUAUUCCUGGUUUGUGAAAAAUGCCAGUUAUGUCUGCGAAAGAGUCAAAAGAGUUGCUUACUCCCACACAUUAAAGCAAAAAUGCCUUAAAAACAUCUGCACAACUGUUUAGAGCACUGAGAAAAUUUACUGCAAGUUGGAAGACCGGUGGCAGUUUUAGUUUUCUGUUUGAUUUCUCAGUGUAAAAGUCAGAAAGCAGCAACUUGCAAGUAUUUGAAAUCAGACAAGCUAUUAACCACAUGUUAACCUAGAAAUGUCUUCUCCUCCAAGGCAUUGUAAAAAUAAUGUGUAAAAUACAGAGAUAUUUUAUACAAGUGAUGUAACUGCAAUAAAAGCACUGAAAGGCU